AUGACUUUGGGAAGUGUCCUCGUUACCGGUGGAACCGGUUACAUUGGCUCCUUCACCGCCUUGGCUCUUCUCGAAGCUGGCUACAAAGUCGUUAUCGUAGACAAUCUUUAUAACUCGUCAGAGGAGGUCAUUAAUCGCAUCGAAUUGAUCUGUGGCAUACGUCCAGAAUUUGCUAAGGCGGAUGUCACAAAAGAGGCCGAUUUUGAUCGGGUCUUCGAGCAACAUCCCGAUAUCGACAGCGUCAUCCACUUUGCCGCACUCAAAGCUGUUGGCGAAUCUGGCGAGAAGCCACUCGACUACUACCAUGUCAACGUUUGCGGAUCGAUAUGCCUCCUCCGAUCCAUGAAGCGACAUAAUGUCACCAACAUCGUUUUUUCCAGUUCCGCCACCGUCUACGGCGACGCUACCCGAUUCCCAAACAUGAUACCCAUUCCGGAAGAGUGCCCUCUGGGCCCAACAAACCCGUAUGGAAACACCAAGGUCGCUGUGGAGACUGCAAUCACCGACAUGAUCAAUGCAGAGAGAAACAACGCCAUCAAGGCUGGCAAACCAGAGGAAGCAGAGAAGUGGAACGGCGCCUUGUUGAGAUACUUUAAUCCAUCGGGAGCGCAUCCAAGCGGCAUUAUGGGGGAGGACCCGCAGGGUGUCCCGUAUAACCUGCUCCCCCUCCUUGCGCAGGUAGCCACAGGAAAGAGAGAGAAACUCCUCGUUUACGGAGACGACUACGCCUCCCACGACGGCACCGCAAUCCGCGAUUACAUCCACAUCCUCGACCUAGCCGCCGGCCACCUCCAGGCACUCAACUAUCUGCGCGCCAACCACCCAGGCGUGCGCGCCUGGAAUCUCGGCACAGGCAAAGGCAGCAGCGUCUUUCACAUGGUCAAAGCCUUCAGCGCCGCCGUGGGCCGUGAUCUUCCGUACGAAGUCGUCGGUCGCCGUGCGGGUGACGUGCUCGAUCUCACUAGCAAUCCAAGCCGGGCGAACCGCGAGCUUGGCUGGAAGACAACCAGGACGCUGGAGGAGGCCUGUGAGCAUCUGUGGCAGUGGACGAAGAAUAAUCCGCAGGGCUAUAGGCAGCAGCCACCGCAGGAGUUGUUGGAGAAGUUGAAGAGGGGGAAUAAAUAG